GAUGUCAUCAAAUAUCAGUGUGCUUUUUUAUUCCAACCGUUACUCCUGGUCGGAGUAUUCCGUAAAUAUUUAGUUUAUACGUAGGGUUACGUCCUACCUAAGUUUAAUGGUGCAAUGCUCAAAUAUUUAGUAGUGCAUAAAUUGUUACUUAGUGCCCAUUUACGCCACAACUAGGGUAGCUGCUGCAACCGACCCAGAUCUCCAGAGAGAUGGAGAGUAAAUCUCGCGAGCGCAUCUCCUCUCGCGAUGCCGCCCAGCAUCGCUGUUCUGCUGCAGUGCGCGUAUAAAGGAGCGAGACUCGCGGGGACGAGAGGAGGCGAUGCGGCAAGGUCGCGGUAGCGUCAAGGCUCAGAUCACCAGAGGAAACCGCCAUUCACGGAGAUCAUCCGGAUCUUUAGAGUUCCUGUGAGCUAAAAGAGCCGAGAGUGUGUCAGAUCUCAAACUCCCGUCCGAACGCCCGGCUGUUCUCCAUUUGCCUCCGCAUGUGCACGCUGCGGGUUCGGAGGGAAGUGCUGCGCGGUAUUUCUGUCUUUCUGCAGCAGCGUCAGUGUGCGGGCGAUUCCUGUCUGAUCCAUCGGCUUGUCUGCAGUUUCGGUGGACAGUAUCAGUUUUAGUAGGGCUCUUCGCUUGUCAUGUUGGCGUCACCUCCGUCAGUUGCUGCCUCCCGGAGCGAGCUGCUCCCUCCAGUCGAAUCCGACGCGCUCAAACCCGCCGGUCCCACACCGAGCCAGAGCCGCUUUCAGGUGGAUCUAGUGUCCGAGUGUGCCGGGGACGGUCACGCUCCUCCCGCAUCCUACCCGUCCCCGCCCGACCUCCCCGCCGACCCGCCGCACGACCCCGGAGAGGAAGCCAAAGGCCGGUUUCGGGUUGUGAACUUUGCGGCCUCUAGUCCGGACGCGGCGCCAGCGGAGAGCGCGCAGAACGGGGACACGGUGAUGAGCGAGGGCAGCCUGCACUCGUCCACCGGCGGCCAGCAGCACCAUCACUACGACACUCACACCAACACGUACUACCUCCGCACCUUCGGUCACAACACCAUCGAUGCGGUGCCCAACAUCGACUUCUACCGGCAGACCGCAGCGCCUCUGGGCGAGAAACUCAUCCGACCCACCCUGUCCGAACUGCACGACGAGCUCGACAAGGAGCCGUUUGAGGAUGGCUUUGCUAAUGGUGAAGAGUUGACACCUGCUGAGGAGGCCGCAGCCAAAGAGGCUUCUGAGUCUAAAGGAGUCGUGAAGUUCGGCUGGAUUAAAGGAGUGUUGGUGCGCUGCAUGUUAAACAUAUGGGGUGUGAUGCUCUUCAUACGCAUGACAUGGAUCGUGGGACAGGCAGGAAUUGCAUAUUCCUGUUUAAUCGUUUUAAUGGCAACCGUUGUGACCUCCAUCACAGGCUGCUCGACCUCUGCGAUCGCAACCAACGGCUUCGUACGAGGAGGUGGAGCGUAUUACUUGAUAUCCCGAAGUUUAGGUCCAGAGUUUGGUGGCUCUAUUGGUCUGAUUUUUGCUUUUGCUAAUGCUGUGGCCGUGGCCAUGUAUGUUGUGGGUUUUGCUGAAACUGUCGUUGAGCUUCUGAGUGCAGCUGGUGCAUUGAUGUUGGAUCCCAUUAAUGAUGUGCGAAUCAUCGGCACCAUCACGGUCAUUCUACUGCUGGGUAUUUCAGUGGCGGGGAUGGAGUGGGAGGCAAAGGCUCAGAUAUUCCUCCUGGUCAUUUUGGUCACGGCCAUCUUCAACUACUUCAUUGGAUCCUUCAUCCCUGUUGAGUCCAAGGAGAAGUAUGGCUUCUUUGGCUAUGAUGUGGGCAUCUUGGCUGAUAACUUCGGUCCAGACUUUCGAGGAGAAACUUUCUUCUCUGUGUUCUCCAUCUUCUUCCCGGCGGCCACAGGCAUUCUGGCUGGAGCGAACAUAUCAGGAGAUCUAGCGGACCCUCAAAUGGCCAUCCCGCGAGGAACUCUUCUGGCGAUCCUCAUCACAGGUGUGGUGUACAUGGGUGUGGCCGUUUCUUCAGGUGCGUGUAUCGUGAGGGAUGCUACAGGGAUUGAGAGUAACCGUACUCUGAGCGGCAGUAUCAACUGCACUGAUGCAGCCUGUAAGCUUGGCUAUGACUUCACUUCCUGUAGACCAGCGAUCGAGGGAGUGUCAUCACCCUGCAAAUAUGGCCUCCACAACGAUUUCCAGGUGAUGAGUGUGGUGUCGGGCUUCAGUCCUCUCAUCACCGCAGGCAUCUUCUCUGCCACCCUCUCCUCUGCCCUGGCAUCACUCGUCAGCGCUCCUAAAGUCUUCCAGGCUUUAUGCAAAGACAACAUCUACCCUGGAAUUGCGGGCUUUGCGAAGGGCUAUGGAAAAAACAACGAGCCGUUGCGCGGAUACCUCCUCACGUUUGGUAUCGCUCUGGCCUUCAUUCUGAUUGCGGAGUUGAACGUCAUCGCCCCGAUCAUUUCAAACUUCUUCCUGGCAUCAUAUGCUCUCAUCAAUUUCUCUGUGUUUCACGCAUCACUGGCUAAUUCUCCUGGAUGGAGGCCGAGCUUCAAGUACUACAACAUGUGGGUGUCACUAGCCGGGGCCAUCUUGUGUUGUGUUGUCAUGUUUGUCAUCAACUGGUGGGCGGCGCUCCUGACCAAUGUCAUUGUCCUGUCGCUGUACAUCUAUGUGAGCUACAAGAAACCAGAUGUGAACUGGGGCUCGUCCACUCAGGCAUUGACGUAUCAUCAGGCUCUGACACACAGUUUACAGCUCUGUGGAGUAGCUGAUCAUAUCAAAACAUACAGGCCGCAGUGUUUGGUGAUGACUGGAGCUCCAAACUCACGUCCAGCGAUUCUGCAUCUGGUUCACGCCUUCACCAAGAACGUGGGUCUGAUGGUGUGCGGUCACGUGCGCAUCAGUUCCCGCAGGCCCAACUUCAAAGAGCUGAACAACGAUACGCUGCGCUACCAACGAUGGCUCCUCCACAACAACUCCAAAGCUUUUUACACACCAGUCGUGGCUGAAGACCUUCGUCAAGGAACACAGUACUUACUGCAGGCUGCUGGUUUGGGCAGGUUGAGGCCCAACACUUUAGUGCUUGGCUUCAAAAAUGACUGGCGCAUUGGAGAUAUAAAGGACGUGGAGACCUACAUCAACGUCAUCCACGACGCGUUUGAUUUUCAGUAUGGUGUCGUCAUUCUCCGGCUCAGAGAGGGGCUUGAUAUUUCUCACAUACAAGGACAAGAUGAUUCUUCAGGUAUGAAGGACGUGGUGGUCUCUGUGGACAUGAGUAAAGACUCAGAUGGAGACUCCUCUAAACCCUCUUCAAAGGCCACGAGUGUUCAGAACAGUCCAGCGGUCCAGAAAGAUGAGGAUGAGGAUGGCAAAGCGAACACUCAGCCGCUGUUGAAGAAAGAGAAAACCAGCCCUACGGUUCCUCUGAAUGUGGCGGAUCAGCAGCUGUUAGAUGCCAGUCAGCAGUUCCAGAGGAAGCAGGGGAAGGGGACAGUAGACGUGUGGUGGCUCUUUGAUGAUGGCGGUCUGACUUUACUGAUCCCGUAUCUGAUCAAUAACAAGAAGAAAUGGAAGGACUGUAAGAUCCGUGUGUUCAUCGGUGGAAAGAUCAACAGAAUCGAUCAUGACCGCAGAGCAAUGGCAACAUUGCUCAGCAAGUUCAGGAUCGAUUUCUCUGACAUCACUGUGUUGGGUGACAUCAACACAAAGCCCAAAUCAGAAGGUGUGACUGAGUUUGCUGAAAUGACCGAGCCGUAUAAACUGAGGGAAGAUGACAUGGAGCAGGAAGCUGCUGAAAAGCUGAAGAGUGAAGAACCCUGGAGGAUCACAGACAAUGAGCUGGAGCUCUACAAAGCAAAGAGUAAUCGUCAGAUCAGAUUGAAUGAGCUGUUGAAGGAACACUCGAGCACUGCAAACCUCAUUGUCAUGAGCAUGCCUCUGGCCAGGAAAGGGGCCGUAUCCAGUGCUCUGUAUAUGGCCUGGCUGGACACUCUAUCUAAAGACCUGCCGCCCAUCCUCCUAGUGCGUGGAAACCAUCAGAGCGUGCUCACAUUCUACUCUUAAAGAGCUCACGGUCCAAACCGCACAGACACGCCGACACGCACAUGAACGAGCACACGUUACGAGUCCAGCACCAGUGAGUGAUGAUGAUGAUGAUGAUGAUAAUAAUGAUGUUAGUGAUGAGGACGGACACGGAUGCUUUCUGUAGCUUCAACACGACCAAUCGAACGCAAGCUGAAACAAACAUACGGUCCUUCUGCGUCGUGGAGGUCGAGACGAGAAAAAGAUCAAAGUUUGCCGGUUUCUGUUGUCUUCGGCUCAAAGGUUUCGAGCACACGUUGUUACAUUGAUUGUCGUUAUCAUUGUUAUCAUUUCAUAUGACUGUCACAACUUUGAGUUGUGUGUUUUUGUUUUUUUUCCUCUCUUUUAAUUCGCUCUUGAUGAAGCAAUAAUCACCUCAUUUCUUUCCUCACUUUGAAGAACAACACACAAAUCUUUGCAGCACUUUUAUAGCUUUGUUGAUGUGCCUUCCUGUGCAGUCAAAUUAAAUUCUUAAACUUUUGCCCUGACUGGUGAUUUAUAAAGAUGUAGAUUUAGAUUGAUUGUUUUUUAUUGGGUUUUAAAUGGACUCUUUUUAUUUUAUCACAUUUUAUUGCGGGUGGACUGAUUUACGUUCCACUGCGUGGCAUUGAGUAUUUUUACCACCUUUUUUUUUGUAGACGGACAGGUUUGUUCCCUUUUCCUCAGAGUUUGACGUCUUCCUUUUUAGCAUUGAAUGAGUUGUGGAGUUUUAGCACAGUGCCCCUCCAUGUUCUUGUUUCAAUGAUCAGCAGAAACUAGAGGUGAUUACCAUCAUCUUUGAACUUCUUUCUUAGAUUUACAUUUGACUACUUCAAACUAUAUUAGUUUUUUUCCUUGCGUGCAGUUGAACAGCAUGUGGUUUUAUGAAGAGGCUGAUGAAUUUGAUCGGUCAGGAAGCAAGGCAAGCAAACGAUGAACCAAAUAUGAUCAAACCUCUGGAAACAGAUUCCACAAACAAACAGAUUUUGCUACAGUGAAGACCUUUGCCUUAACAGUUGAAGUAAUGAUUGUUGUUUUUACCGUCUUUAAGCCAUACUGGCUAGUUGAUUGAUUAGUAGCUAAAUGAAGAGACAUUGAUAGAUGAAUAGAUGCCUGAACAAGAAUGUAAUCUUUGCCAUCACCCCAUUUGUCUUAAUCUCAGCAAAAUCUUUACAGUCCAACAGUCUGUUGUUAACAAGUUCUCUUUAAGCAGUCCAGAACUGUACAUUUGUACCUCGACAUUCAACACCAGUGAAUGUCAACAACCUGUUUGCCCUUAAAGGGGUUAUCAAAUAGCACCUCUCCUCUCAUACGUCAAGGUUGGACUGUUUUCCAUCCAUGAUUGAGUUCAACCUGGGGCUUCCCUGUGCUUUUGUUCUGUUGUCAUUGGCCAGUGCUUUUCUGCAUUUAAAGGCCUUAAUCGGAGAUCACAGGAUGUCUUGAAGUGUCACGUCAAGUUAUACGAAUGUUUUGCGCCGUGAAUGAGACUGAUUCGUCCCUCUAUGCAGGUGAAAUCGUGUAAUCUAAACUCAGGAUUGAGUGCCGUCUCGCAGAUUGUUCAUUUUUAUUUUUGGAGACUCGUUCUGUUUAUAUUCUGAUGUGUGGAAGGCCAUCAAGAAAACCGAUUUCAGAUUGUUGUGUUUUUAAAUGUCGUUUGGUUAAUUCUUCUCUUGAUUGUAAUGCUGGAUGUGACCAGACAUUCAUUAUGCGGGCUACGAGCUGAAGUGUUGGUCAGUAAUAAUCUCCAUCACAUUCACUCCAGCUAAAUAUGAAGUGUUCAGAUCUUCUGUUCCGUCACACUUUUCUUUCCAACACUAUUUUCUAUUUUUUAUGUUUUUGCAGGCUUAUUGUGCUAUUGCCGGUUUUGCGUACAUAAGAUUCGUGCAAUUUACACCCUUCAAAUUUGUGCACCUGAGAAAUAUACCAUAUGAAAAUGUUAGAAUGACUAUAUUCAUAUUAAUAGUUCUCAAUAUGAACUAGUAUUUAAAAGUACUUAAAUGUGAGUCCACCGCAUGUACUUUUUCUUUUCAAGUGGGUGGUUAGUAAUGCUUCUGAUGGUACAAUCUUUCCUGUUGAAAAUCUGUUACGUGUUUGUGUGGCUGUACAGCACUCGGUUCACCCUAAUACUGACAAAAUCACCAGUUCAACUAUUACCUGUUAUCUCAAACUAUUAAGAUACUUGUAUAUUAUAUUUGGAUAUAGAGAAACAGAAGAGUCGGUCACACCCAUAUAAUGUGUUGGUAAAUGGUCGUUACUCAUUGAUGUAUAAAUGCAUCUAGCUGCAGCUGUAGGUUUCAUGCCAUGAUGUGCUUGAAAGGUGCCUCUCAACAGUUCCACUGUUGUUUUCUGUGUAAGAUGAAGCAGGUUUUCUUUUUGUUUGUCACACCAUUUCUCAUUCUGCAGAAUGUGUUGCCAAAGUACAUUUCACUCCACUGGAAACAUGUGAAAAUGAGUUUAAUAACAUUAACACAAGGUCAACGACAUAGUUCCCCACCCUCCAACAAUAGUUCCCACUGUACUUCCUUACUAACCUGUAAAUAUCUUAUAGCUUAAUCACAUUAAUGAAGGGAGUGGAAUUAUAGCUGCAAAUUAAUAUGGUGAAAAAUAUUUCUUUAUGCUAGUUUGAAAUAGUUUUAAGUUGUAUGUAAAAUGUUAUUUUAUUUUUUAAAAACUUUUGAAGUCAUUUUUUGGUCUCUAUUUCAAUGUUUGAUCACAUUUCUAUCUUUUAUAUGCCUUUUUAAAAAUGCCAUGUUGACCAGUGGUUUGAGUUUCCUGCUAAACCAUAUGAGGGUGGAUCUGAUUUGAUCACGCUGGAACAGUAAUAUUUUGAUAUACUGUACUGUUAUAUGUCUCACAUAUGCUUUUUUUUUUUCUAACAUUUGAACGGUUAAGGGUAUCAAUGCUUUGUACAUCCUUAUUGCAAUACAUAAAAAUAAACAGAAAUGAAAAUCAGUCA